UUGCCGUUGCGGAAUGCGGUGGGCAGCUGUGGCACGCCAUUGACCACGUAGUCACCGUUAGCAUGGCCGGCCGUUUGCUCUGCCACACUCCCCUCAUGACGAGGUGCAUUCGAAUUUGUAGAAGCCAUUUCAGUAUGACAGUUGUUGAAGUCGCAAGAAGACUGACGAUGCACACACUCUCUGUUGGGAAGGCCCCGGUCUCGGCCGACUUUUGAAGGAAAGAAAGUUUUGGUGGGUCCUGCAGGGCGUCUCUUGGCGGCCGGGGUUGGGAUCCACACCGCCCGUUGCCCGUCCCCCGGGCGUGUGCCCGUUCAGAUCCCCACUUUAGCUGGCGUCAUGGAAAUUCAUUCAUUCAUGGGCGGGCCCGCAUUGGAAACCAACCUCGAACGAUUCCCCCAACGCCACCAAUCAUCACGACCCCCUUUUCCCAAGACCGCGUUCGAUCUUCCCUGGAUCAGCGAGGCGGAUCUCUACAAUGUCGAACGGACCCCUCUCCAACCGACCCCUUCCCUCAUCAUUUGACAGCAACGAUGACUUUUACAAUGAGAAUGGCUUCCAAAAGGUCCUUCGCCGCCUGAAGGAGGAACCGCUCGUCCCGAUCGGAUGUCUCCUCACCGUUGCCGCCUUCACCAACGCCUACCGUGCCAUGCGCCGCGGCGACCAUGCAAAGGUGCAGAAGAUGUUCCGUGCCCGUGUGGCCGCCCAGGCAUUUACCGUUGUUGCUAUGGUCGCCGGCGGCAUGUACUACCAGGCCGACCGCCACAAGCAGAAGGAGCUUUGGAAACUGCGGCAGCAAAAGGAUGCCGAGGAGAAGCAUCAGAAGUGGAUCAGGGAGCUGGAAGCCCGCGAUGCCGAGGAGAAGGCUCUCCAAGAACGGCUUGACAAGAGGCGGAAGAGGGCAGCUGAGCGUGCUGGUGGCACAGGCACCGAAAGUGUUGCUGCUCAGGCAAGGGCAGCCUUGAGAGAGUCCAAAGCUGGAAAAACCGAAACAGGCGAGGCCACCUCAACCGAGGCGAACCAGGCGGAUGGAGGGGUGCUUGGCUCACUCGGUGGAUGGUUUGGCGGAUCCAAAAAGGCACCAGAAGACACAACACCGGCAUUAGAGUCCAAGCCAGAAGACCCGAAGAACUAA